AUGGCUGCUACUUUGUUCAACGAUCAAUAUCUUAUUGAUCUGCCUUCCAUCGAUAUGCCUACCACUUUAACAUUUGAUUUACUAACUCCCUCCGAAAUCGAUCUCUUAGACCACCCCCCAUACAUUCUCACCCUAUCUCUUGGCAUCCUCCUCGAUCCUACAUAUAAUCGUCAACCCCUUCCUCCAAGACCUCAGAAUGCGUGGAUUAUUUUUCGUGGGAAUUUUGAAGGCCAACUACGUGCUCAACACCCUCAUAAAUUAUAUACUAUUCACAGCGUCUCGAAAAUUGCCAGCGCUCAGUGGAAGGUUCAGUCCGAUGCGGUCAAAAAAUACUUUUGCGUGCUUUCUAAAUUGCCCGAGAACAACACCGGCUUGCUUUUCCUGAUUACGUUUAUAAACCAAAAGGACUAA